CGUCCAUGGCGGGUCAAAUAUUGAAGAGCAUAAGAUUUAGAAACCCGACAAAAUAUUCCCGCCUCAACAAACUGAAAAUUUCACAAUUCCCCCUCAUAUACUCCCGCAAUCCCUGUUUAGCAAUUCAUCACUCUCCACAUUUCCGCCUAUAUGAGUAAACCCUAAAAAAAGUUCCCCGAUUUUCACUUCUCUGUAUCCCUAAAAAAUUCCAGUUGUUAUAGCUCAUGAAUUUACCCGUUACGAAACUCUUCCAAUUAUCGCCGGUAUUCCCUUUUUCCCGUAGUCAAAGGUCAGUACUCAGGUCUCAGUACCCUAAAUCAAUUAUCUCAAUUUUUGCAUCACUUUUCGAUUUCUUAUUAGGGUUUUUGAAAUUAAAGCUAUUUUCACAUUUGGGUGUUAGUUAUUAUAAAUUAUACAGAUGGAUGAAGAUAAAUCUGAGAAAUCAAACGAGAAAAAAAGUCGUAAUGCAUUAGGUGAUAUAACUAAUCAACUUGGGAAAAGGAAAUUUUCAUUGAUUUCAAAGAGUGAUAAUAAGAAUAAUAUUGCAUUUGAUACAGAUAAAGAUACUAAUUCUUUGAAGCAAGUUGAUCGGGUGAUUGAUAAAUUAGAAAAAGAAGGAAAUACCAUUUUAAAAUUUCCUAGACUUAGUAAUGAAAUUGGGUUAUCACCAUUGAAAGGUGGUAAGACGUAUCGCUUACUUAGUCCUUCUAUUGAUUCUCGAAAAGAUUCAGUGAAUGUUGGUUAUGGAACUAAGGAAAAUUACAAAUCUGUGCUGGAUAGUAUAGAUUUGUAUACUGUUAAAGUGGCUGAAACAUUGAGGGAAAGUUGUGUUUUGGGGGUGCAAAGUGGUGAGAGCUCGAAACCUAUUGAAAGAGAAUGUUUUGAAGGUGAAAAUGAAAGUCAAAAUGAAGAAAGAAUAGAGAUUUCUGAUGUUGGUGAAAAUGAGAGCAGUCAUGAAAUUUUGGGUACUCAAGCUGUAUGUGAGAGUGGUGGGAAUCUAAGUGUUGAUCGCUUGAUGACUAAUAAAUGUGAAUCAUUUGUGAGUUCAAGAUUGGACGAAUCUAACGAGAUGCAAGGGUUUGGAUUAGAGAGAUGUGCAUUGUUGAAAGAGGAUGUCAUUGGUUCUAGUGUUGGUGUUGCUGAUUAUACGGACUCAAUCAAAGACUGUUCAUGCUCGUUUUGUUCUAAAGCUGCUUUUGCAUUAUCGGAUCUGCAUUAUCAGGAUUUGAAAGGCCGGAUUAGAGCAUUAGCUAAGAGUCAGAAGGAAGCGAGCAAUUUAGCUCAAAAAUACAAUACAUACAAUCUAAAGGGCGAGCAUGCCCUAGGAAACUUUAGUGAAGCAGCGCAGUUGGAAAUUGAUCUUAUGAAUCAAUGGAGGUCUUUGUUUCUUCAGAUGGAAGAUACAUUUGGAAAUGAACGCAGUGAGCUAAAAAACGAUUUACUUACUUUGAAGGAUAUAAGAGAUGACAUGAAGAUGAAUUUAGAGAUGAAUGGAAUGCCAUUUGACGGGCUACAAUGUUCUUCCGAUGCUUCCGAUCAUAUAACAAGCUAGGAAGUUUGGUCUUUGCUGGUGUGGUGUUUCUCUUCUCUACUAGUCAGUUUAGGACUGUUUUAUAACUUACCCUUUGUGCUGUUAUUAGUGUGCCUGGUCUGUUUAAUGUAAUCCUACAAACAAAUACUUUUGCUAGUGAUCCAAUAUGCAAAAGUUGUUAAUUGAGUUUUUGGUUCAGAUGAUCUGUGCUACCCUGUAUAUUUUUCGUGUCUAGGAUCCUUUAAUUAUGUUGAAUAGCAGCCAUUUUUCUCGAACAAACCUGUUAUUGCACAUGCCAGCAUCGGCCAUUGCCCUAAGCAUAGCCUGACUGUAUUGCAAAAGUUAAUGUUCAAAAUAUAAGUUGUGACAACACGAUCACCAUCCGCAUUGACAGAAGGCAGUCUUGUGAGCAUUUUGCGACAGCAGCUGAAAGCCUGAAACUGCAUCCUGCAUGUGCUCUUCAUAAGAAAUGUAAACAAGCUUAUUUGACAUUUUUUGAAUUCAGUUUAAUGCUGUCCAACGGUUAGAUGGUGGUGUGAUUUUUAGUUGUAGUAUGAAUCCUAUUAUUUAACUCUAAGUCACUUACUCAUUUUCUCUA